AUGACUCCUGCGCGCCUACGCGACCUAAAGGCCUUCGAUGACACCAACGCCGGCGUGAAAGGCCUCGUCGACGCAGGUGCCACCGCUUUGCCGUCCUUCUUCCACCACCCACCGGAAAACCUCCCCAAGCCUGUCGACACUGCACGUCAGGCCGGUGGCAACUUCACCAUCCCGGUCAUCGACCUCGCUGGCGCAACGACAACAGAUCAGACCCGUCGAGCCAAGGUGGUCGGCGAGGUGCUGGCGGCCGCGAAGAAGGUAGGCUUCUUCCAGGUGGUGAACCACGGCGUGCCGGAGGCAGCCAUGUCGGGCAUGCUCGCGGCGGUGCGGGGCUUCCACGAGGAGCCGGUGGAGGUGAAGCGCGCCUACUACACGAGGGACUACGCGAGGAACGUGCGGUACCACUGCAACAUGGACCUGUUCCGGGCGCCGGCGGCCAAGUGGCGCGACACCGUGUACAUGGACAUGGCGCCGAACGAGCCGGCGCCGGAGGAGACGCCCGCGGCGCUGAGAGGCAUCGCGGCGGAGUACACUCGGCAGGUCAAGCGGCUGGGCAGCACGCUGCUGGAGCUGCUGUCGGAGGCCCUGGGCGUGCGCAGCGGAUACCUGGAGCAGGAGGCCGGCUGCCUGGACGGGAUCGUCGUCGGGGCCCACUACUACCCGGCCUGCCCGGAGCCGCACCUCACCAUGGGCGCCACCACGCACUCCGACCACAGCUUCAUCACGGUGCUCCUCCAGGACGCCGUCGGCUCCGGCGCCCUCCAGGUGCUCAUCCAAGACAGCGACGUGGAGGAGGAGGAAGGGAGAUGGAUAGACGUGCACGCUAUGCCCGGCGCAUUCGUGGUGAACAUCGGCGACUUCCUGCAGCUCAUCUCCAACGGCAGGUUCAAGAGCGUCCAGCACCGCGUGGUGUCCAAGAAGGAGGGGCCCCGGGUGUCCGUGGCAUGCUUCUUCCAGACGUGCGGCGAGGCCGCGGCGACGAGGGUGUGCUCCCCGAUCGUCUCCAACGACGACGACGGGACGCCUCCGCUGUACAGAAGCGCCACCGUGGAAGAGUUGCUCAUCAGCUUCAGGGAAAAGAACGGUCGAUCUGCACUCGACCGCUUUAGGCUCUGAUCAUCAAUUACGUGACGAUCACUGUCCGCUAGCUAGUACGUAGUUGCUCUGCCAACUGUCCGAAGUAAGUGUGCGUACGUACGUAUCUAUA